AAGUCUUGGCCCUGCUUUUAUCGAUAAAACAUAUUUUCAUCUCUUUCCGGCAUGGAAACGUGGAGUCUUACGUCAAUUUGUGUGUUGCUUGGUGUCACUGCGAGAUGGAGUGUUUCGUUAAAUUCAUACUCGGGGGCAGGGAAACCCAUUAUGUUUGGCGACUAUGAAGCCCAAAGGCACUGGCAAGAAAUCACACACAAUCUCCCUGUUCAAGAAUGGUACUUCAACACUACUGACAAUGACUUGAACUACUGGGGUCUUGACUACCCUCCUCUUACUGCCUACCAUAGCCUGCUCUGUGCUUAUAUAGCCAAGCUUAUAAAUCCAGAAUGGGUGGAGCUUCACAAAUCUCGAGGUUAUGAAAGCCCUGCACACAAGUUAUUCAUGAGAGCCACAGUCUUGGUUGCAGAUUUGUUGAUAUACAUCCCUGCUGCUGUUUUAUUCAGUUAUUACUUGAGUGAUGGAUCCCCAAAAAGGAAGGCUUGUGUCCUCCUCUGCAUAUUACUCUACCCGGGCCUAAUUCUCAUUGACUACGGGCAUUUCCAGUACAACGUGGUGAGCCUGGGUUUGGCCCUGUGGGGGGUGUUGGGCCUGGGUCUGGGCUGGGAUGUGCUGGGCUCCCUGGCCUUCUCCCUCGCUCUCAACUACAAACAGAUGGAGCUCUACCAUGCCUUGCCCUUCUUCUGCUACCUCCUUGGGAAGUGCAUCAAACAGGGUUUGAUGGGGAAAGGCUUGUUCCUACUGCUGAGGGUCGCUCUGACAGUGUUGGUGGCUUUUGCCCUCUGCUGGUUGCCUUUCCUGUCCGACCUCAGCCAGGCCUCGCAAGUUGUCAGGAGGAUAUUUCCCGUGACUCGGGGACUGUUUGAGGAUAAAGUGGCCAACACAUGGUGCAGCUUGAACCUCCUGAUAAAGAUCAGAACCAUCCUGUCCAUCAAUUCCCAGCUCUACCUCAGUUUUGCCCUCACUCUCCUGGCAGUCCUACCUUCAUCCAUCAGGCUGCUGAUGAAACCGACAUUUUGGCAGUUCAGACUGGCCUUGGUUAACUCGUCACUGGCCUUUUUUCUCUUGUCCUACCAAGUCCAUGAGAAGUCCAUCCUUCUGUCCGCCCUACCCGUCUGCCUGCUGCUGAAUGAUCUCCCCUUGAUAGCCAUUUGGUUUCUGCAGACUUCUACAUUCAGCAUGCUGCCUUUGUUUCUGAAAGAUGGUCUGCUGGCGCCCUACGUGGGGACCUCACUGGCCUUCCUCCUCCUCAGCAUUUACUUGCUGUCUGCGCUGGAGCACUGUUCAGAGGAGGAGCUGAGACUGGGGGCCUACCACAGGUUGUACCCCUGCCUACCUAGACUGGACCUGGCCUGUAUAGUCAAAUGGAAGUUCUACAUCAGCGUUGCAGUCAUGGUUGGUUUGACCGUCACAAGUGUGGUGGCCGCCCCUCCUGCUCGAUUCCCAGAUUUGUUUCCUGUGUUGGUGUCUGGCUUUGCUUUCUUACAAUUCCUGGGUACGCUCAUCUACUUUAACAUUGUCCAGUUCAGCGGGCCACCGAGCAGAAAGAGCCAGAAGAAGACUAACUAACAUCGUGCCGAAGAAGGGAAUGUAUACCCCAACAUGUUUGGAACUAAUUUUGCUCUUAAAAAAGCUGGCGUUACAAACUGUUCCAUGAAAUGUUCCAUCUGACCUUCUUUGUACGGGAUGGCUGUUUUACACCACACCAUCAUGUGUACCCAAUUAGAUUACCAUGAACGAUCAUAAGGGGAGAAUGAAAAUCUUCUUUGCAAGAUGGUAACUCAAAGGGAGGUCACAACAUCAUGUGAAAGCAAAUGGCAGUAACAGAGUAAAUAUGAUUGGUCAAAAUGAAAGAUCAGCUCUCUCCACUCUGUUGGCUUUUACUCAGAAUCACCCUUUUACCAUGUCACUUGAAUUCUUUUUACCUGGGCCAAUGAUAAUUGAGUCCUUGCCGAAAUCAAUUUGCAUCAAUUUCAAUCAGUAGAAUAGACAUGUUCAAGUAAAGAAAGGCAAACUGUGUACAGCUUUUCAUGAUGGAAGACUGGAUGAGAAGUUAAUGGUAAUCUUAAAUUUGCUUAAAUUCAAAUUUAAGCAAAGAAUUGGGUCUGGCUUCCAUGUUCAAAUUAGGCUAUGUCCAUGUAACAUCUUGUUCAUUUUUUUUUUUAAACCAAGAUCAAUACAGUUCAGUAACAUUGUUCACACAGCAGUGGUUUUUCAUUGCUUAUUCAUUCUUGUGAAUUUUUAAAGGCAAUUUUCUACAUUUUGUACCCACCAUUAAAGUGAUUUUGUACAAACUUUUUUCAUAAAUAAA